AUGCCGCAUGUGAAGUUUGGUGAACCUCAGUGCAAACUUAGAGGAAACCCUUUUUACCCUCUUUUACAGAAAGAUGGAGACAUCAUCAUUGGAGGCAUUUUUUCCUUCCAUAGUAACUAUAAAAAUAAUAAAUAUUCAUAUACAGAGGCUCCACCUCCACUACAAUGCACCAGUCUUAAUUACAGAUCAUUCCAAUACGCUCAGACAUUAUUGUAUGCAGUGGAGGAGAUCAACAAUAGUACAACUUUGCUGCCUGGAGUGUCAUUAGGCUAUAAGAUAUAUGACUCUUGUGGAUCUGUGGCUAUGGGAGUGAGAGGCGCCAUGGCACUAAGCAAUGGCAAUGACCACACCACACAAGGACCAUGUAACAAAUCAGCUCAGGUUCUGGCUAUCAUAGGGGAGACAUCCUCCUCACCUUGCAUGGCUAUUGCAACAAGCAUCGGACCCUUUCGCAUCCCAAUGAUUAGUCAAUAUGCCACAUGUGCAUGUCUGAGUGACAAAAGCAAAUAUCCAUCAUUUCUCAGAACCAUUCCCAGUGACUACUACCAGAGCAGAGCACUGGCUAAACUGGUGAAACAUUUUGGUUGGAUGUGGGUUGGUGCCAUCAGAACUGAUGAUGACUAUGGAAACAAUGGAAUGGCUACUUUCCAAGCAGCUGCUGAACAGAUGGGUAUUUGCCUGGAGUAUUCUAUACCCUUUUUUAGAAACUAUCCACAAGAAAAGGUGCUGCAGCUAGUAGAGCAAGUACGUUUGUCCACCUCACGGAUAGUGGUGGCGUUCCUCUCCCAUCUGGACCUGGAGGUGUUGGUGCAUGUAUUUGCGGAACAUAACCUCAUUGGAUAUCAGUGGGUCGGCACAGAAGGGUGGAUCUCAGAUUCUUACAUUGCCAGUUUGGACCGUCAUCACAUCCUAAGUGGGGCCAUAGGACUGUCUAUCCCCAAAGCACAGGUAACAGGGUUGAAAGAAUUCAUCUUGGACAUACAUCCCCUGAAGUCUUCAGGCAAUGCCAUUUUCACUGAGCUCUGGGAGGCCUUGUUUAAUUGUAAAUUCAGUCUUCUCAAUAAAUCUACUGAGCAAAUGUGCACUGGCAAAGAGGAUUUGUCUGGAGUCAAUAAUAUUUUUACAGACAUGUCUUCGAUGGCAAUCUUUAAUAAUGUUUACAAGGCUGUGUAUGCUGUGGCUCACACACUGCACGAGGCACUAAAUUGCACGGACACAUGUGCUGACACACUGCAACCAGAACCACGUAUGAUGCUUGAACAACUGAAAAAAGUAAGAUUCAAGACUAAAGAGGGAGAGGUUGUGUUUUUUGAUGCAAAUGGAGACCCUGCUGCUAAGUAUGAGAUAAUAAAUUGGCAGCCAAGACAAGACGGGGAGCUUGGGUUUGUGGCAGUAGGACUUUAUGAUGCUUCUUUACCUGCCAAUAGCCAACUGACAGUGAAUGAUGAUUCCAUACUAUGGGCUAAAAAUUCUACAGAGGUGCCUGUGUCUGUGUGCAGUGAGAGCUGUCCUCCAGGCACCAGGAAGGCUGUACAGAAAGGCAGGCCUGUCUGCUGCUAUGACUGUAUACCAUGUGGAGAGGGAGAGAUCAGCAAUGAAACAGACUCCAUCACCUGUGUUAUUUGUAAUCAAGAACACUGGUCCAACGGACAAAGGGAUAAAUGUCUGAGGAAGGCAACUGAGUUUCUGUCGUAUGAAGAGAUAAUGGGGAUACUACUCACAGUUAUCUCAGUGAUUGGAACCUGCUUGACAUUUGUAGUAGCCAUUAUAUUUUUUAAGUACAAGCGCACGCCACUUGUGAAAGCAAAUAACUCUGAAUUGAGCUUUUUGCUUCUGUUUUCACUGAUUCUAUGUUUCCUUUGUUCUCUUACUUUCAUUGGUCGGCCCUCUGAGUGGUCCUGUAUGUUGCGUCACACAGCGUUUGGGAUCACCUUUGUUCUCUGCAUCUCCUGUGUUCUGGGGAAAACAAUAGUGGUGUUAAUGGCCUUCAGAGCCACUCUUCCAGGCAGUAAUGUCAUGAAGUGGUUUGGGCCUCUGCAACAGAGACUCAGUGUUCUUGGCUUCACUCUCAUACAAGUGCUUAUAUGUGUCCUGUGGUUAACUAUAUCCCCUCCAUUCCCAUACAAGAAUAUGCAUCACUACAAGGAUAAGAUCAUUCUUGAAUGUGAUGUUGGAUCAGCUGUAGGAUUCUGGGCCGUAUUGGGGUACAUUGGACUCCUCGCUGUUUUAUGUUUCAUACUGGCUUUUCUAGCACGUAGAUUGCCUGACAACUUUAAUGAGGCCAAAUGUAUCACAUUCAGUAUGCUGAUAUUCUGUGCCGUCUGGAUCAGCUUCAUACCAGCUUAUGUCAGCUCUCCUGGAAAAUUUACAGUAGCUGUGGAGAUAUUUGCUAUUUUAGCAUCUAGUUUUGGUGUCCUGUUCUGCAUAUUCUUACCAAAAUGUUAUAUAAUUCUAUACAAACCAGAUAAAAACACCAAAAAGCACCUCAUGGGCAAAAUGCCCUCAAAAGCUCUUUGA